ACCUCUCAGAACCAGACAGAACCGCUUCCAGACCGUAAGCCAAUGAGAAGCGCCGAUGCAAGGACGUGUUGUUCAUUCCGACCAAUCACAUGGCGCGUUCUUCUCCAUACGUCAUGCUACGGAAGUGCUGUCUCACGGAAGCAGCGGCGUGUGGGCCCCGGUCAAUUUUUAAGUGACUCCGGCGUUAGGAAACUUCACAAAACAGACACACAAGUGUGUUACAUGUGAAUACGUGACACUUUGACAAGCUGCGGUGUGACAAUGGGAGCAAACAACAGUACCCGCCGCGUGUCAUUUGAGUCAGACGAGAACGAGAAUGUAACGGUGGUGAAGGGCAUACGGCUCUCUGAAAAUGUCAUCAACCGCAUGAGGGAACCUGUCACUCCUCCUAAACGUCAACAAGCUCCCUCUCCACCUCCUUCAAAGGCACCUCCACUUACUCCUCUCCUGCGGCCAGUGCCUCCCCUCCUUGAACCGAUCACCUCCUUACCUCCCCUCUCUCCUCUUGUAGAACUUGCUCCUCCAGCUCCUCCUCCAUCUGCUCCAUUUGUCACAGAGCCAGUGGCUACACCUCCAGCACCUCCCCCUCAACCUCCUCAAGAAAAGGUAGUGGCUCCCACUAUCGAUGACAUGGUGCCCCCAUCCUCAUCUUUGCCUUUGUUGCUCCCUACGCCCCCUGCACCUGCUCCCCACACUGCUUCAGCUACAGUGGAAGAGAUUCCUCCACUUGCACCUGCACCUGCUCCCCAUGCUGAUUCAGCUACAGUGGAUAAGAAACCUCCACUUGCUCCUCCUCCUGUAACAGAAUCUAAUACUCCUUUCCAUGUGAUUGAAUCCAUCGCUCCUCUAUCUGUAUCUGAACCCAUACCAUGUCCUCUCCCUGCCAAGACUGAAGCCGUUGCUUUUCCCCUUCCUCCUCCGCCUCCUCUAAAUUCAGAAACCCUCUCUUCCCCUCCUGUUUUUGAGCCUGCCACUGCCCUGCCAGCACCUCCUCAUCCCCCAGGAGAUGCUUUACCCCUGCAGCCUGCUAAGCCAUUUACUUCACCUUCCCUACAUGAGUUUACCACUUCUUGUGAUCCAGAUGCUCCUCCUCCUCCUCCCCCUUCUCCUCCUCCUCCUCCUCCUCAGGUCCCUGUAGAGCCAGUAUCCCCAGCUCCAGCUCCUGAACCAGUGGUAGUUCCUGAGUCAAGUCCAGCCCCUCCACCUCCACCUCCUCCUCCACCAGUUGUUGACGAAGAGGCCCUGAGGAAGGAGAUCUCUGAUGAACUGCAUAAAAGCUUUGCGCAAGAGAGGGCCAAGGCAGAGCAGGAGCUGCAAGCCUGGUUGGAGAAGGAGAAGGCCCGGGUAGCAAAACAGGCCAGCACUGACGCGCAGUCCCUCGUCCAGAAUGAAGUCUCCAAGAUCCUGUCUGUGGAGCGCGCCUUUGCUCAGGAGAACCUUCAGCAGGCCGUCAUAAGGGAGAGGAUCGCCACUGAGGACGGGAAGCUCCGUGCUCAGCUCUUUGUAAGUCCAUGUAUGACUGCGGCUGUGUCAACCCUUAUUUAUCAUUUGAACAGUUUCCUAUCAUUUUGAUUCAAACACAGUACU